ACUUGGAUCAAAUCAAAAUAAGCAACUGAAACAUUACUCACCUAAACAAACAAAUUACAUAUUUACGAUGGCCGACAAGGUUAAGGAACUCGUCAACAACAUCACCAAGGGUGACAACUCCGACAAGGAGAAGCAGUUCAGCACUCAGCCUAUCAACGAGAGUGGUGCAUCUGACCCCAAGUUUUCCGCUCACCAGGCGCACCCCGGUCCUGCCAUCCCCAAGGACUUCAAUGCCCAGGAGGAGGGCACCAAGGAGGAGCGCCGGGCCAAGGCAGAGGCUUUGAACAAAUAAAUAAUCUGCCUCUGGGGCUGCAUCUUUAAGAUGAUUGACGAUGUAUGACUAGUCAUGAUUUGUAGAACAUGGAAAUGAUAAGGGCAAUACGACAAGUACCGUCGGAAAUGGCGGGCUGAUAGCGUAGUAAUAAUGUCAACGAAGUCAUGAACGAGUGCCCGUACAACCCGAGACUUUUGACUUGACCUGGACUUCCUUGUCAAGCCCGAUCGCGCAAUUUUCAGUAGAUCUGAUACUAGUCUGCAACAUUGCAGCCUCGUGAAGAUAGAUCUAUUGCAAUUCCACAACAAGAAAAGGCCAUGUAACUUGGGCUGGGGGAUAGGUUGUCAACCAUACGGUUAGGUACGCUACCUAAACCCAGCGCAGUUGGCAGUUGCGCGUCCACAAUGACGACAGGCUUCCUCAUCAUUCCACGUGGCGGUGCUAAGUUCGGG